CAGUUGCGCUGCUGUGGUGAGGAUGAUAUCAUCGGCGGCACCUCUCGCUGAGCUAACUGGGAGAUAACAAAGGGGAAAUGUUUCUCACUAUCACGGAGAAUUAUCACUGAUGUGUUUGGAAGCAGUGUCAUUGGCCUGAUAGUUUCGUUGUCAACACUUUCUACCUCCUCCCAUGCAAGUUUUCAUUGGGUUUCUCCUGCAGCUGAUGACGACUUUGAGUUGAACGCGGCGUUUGUACCUGGGCUGGGCAGGGCAGGGCUGCACUGUCCUCUACUGCUUCGUGUCGGUCGCCGCACGUACGACUGUCCAUCUCCUUAUGAAAAUGAAUAACUUCGCUCUGGAGAAGGAGACCGAUGGAAAUGAAUUUACAGCCAGCGAUGAAGAGGUCAGGACAUUGUUUGUCAGUGGGCUGCCCCUGGACAUAAAACCCAGAGAGCUUUACCUACUCUUCAGGCCUUUUAAGGGUUACGAAGGGUCAUUGAUCAAGCUCACCUCUAAGCAGCCCGUGGGCUUUGUUAGUUUCGACAGCAGAUCAGAAGCGGAGGCAGCGAAGAACGCACUGAACGGGGUUCGGUUUGAUCCGGAAAUUCCCCAGACCCUAAGGCUGGAAUUCGCCAAGGCCAACACAAAGAUGGCCAAGAACAAACUAGUGGGAACACCCAACCCAUCCAUGCCCCAGCAGAGCCCCGGCCUCCAGUUCAUCAACAGAGAUGCAUAUGAUGUGUCUGUUCCCAUCCUCUACUCAGCUGCACCCGAGGUCUGGUCCCCCUACACACUCUACCCCUCUGAGGUUAGCCCAAAUCUGCCAACGUUCAGCUACCCGUCUGCUGUGCACACACAGGUUCGCUGGAUCCCUCCUGCCGACUCCUCACAGGGAUGGAAGGUCAGGCAGUUCUGCUGAGAGAGGUUACGACAGAGUCCUUUAAAGCUUUCAUAAUUAAAAAGGAAGAUUUCCUGAUUUAAAGGAUCUUUUGGCUUUGGGGUCUCCAUGGACAUGCAAACGGCAGUGUGCCUCAACCAAACAUCAAACGGCCGUCCAAAAGAACACUUGUCCAAUUUUAUACUGUACAGUCUUUUUACUAUUUAUGCAUAAAAUAAAAUGUCUGUUAUCUUCGUU